CCCCAAUAUACCUUAUUACUUCGGAGACCAGGCGCAGCCACUUCGCCGCGGUCAGACAGGGAGGAGGGUGGCGUAGUCUACGGCGCUGCGGAGACCCUCACCCGGCACAAUUCUCCCUCCCCGGGCCUCUCCCCUUCUGCCCCCGAGUGUCCUCGCCUCCUAGGCCUCCCGUAUCCGAUACCUUGGGGCGAGGUGAGAGCAGGCCCGGGGAGGGUGGUCACGCAGAGGAGCCGCGGUCUCUACCAAGAUGAUAGAAGUCCUGACAACUGACUCCCAGAAACUGCUACACCAGCUGAAUACCCUGUUGGAACAGGAGGCUAGAUGUCAGCCAAAGGUCUGCGGCUUGAGACUAAUUGAAUCUGCACAUGAUAAUGGCCUUAGAAUGACUGCAAGACUGAGGGACUUUGAAGUGAAAGAUCUUCUUAGUCUAACCCAAUUCUUUGGCUUUGAUACGGAAACAUUUUCUCUAGCUGUGAAUAUACUGGACAGAUUCCUGUCAAAAAUGAAGGUACAGCCGAAGCACCUUGGGUGUGUUGGACUGAGCUGCUUUUAUUUGGCUGUAAAAUCAAUAGAAGACGAAAGAAAUGUCCCAUUGGCAACUGAUUUGAUCCGAAUAAGUCAGUAUCGGUUCACGGUUUCAGACUUGAUGCGAAUGGAAAAGAUUGUAUUGGAGAAGGUGUGUUGGAAAGUCAAAGCUACCACUGCCUUUCAAUUUCUACAAAUCUAUUAUUCACUCAUUCAAGAGAACUUGCCAUUUGAAAGGAAAAAUAGCCUAAAUUUUGAAAGACUAGAAGCUCAGCUUAAGGCAUGUCACUGCAGGAUCAUGUUUUCUAAAGCAAAGCCUUCUGUGUUGGCUUUAUCUAUCAUUGCACUGGAGAUUCAAGCACAGAAGUGUGUAGAAUUAGCAGAAAGAGUAGAUUGUCUUCAGAAAUAUUCCAAGAUAAAUGGCAGAGAUCUGACCUUCUGGCAAGAGCUUGUAUCCAAGUGUUUAACUGAAUAUUCAUCAAACAAGUGUUCCAAACCGAACGUUCAGAAGUUGAAGUGGAUUGUUUCUGGGCGUACUGCACGGCAACUGAAGCAUAGUUACUAUAGAAUAACUCACCUUCCAACAAUUCCUGAAACGGUUUCUUAAUUGGUAAAUUUGUUUGUUAUUCCCUGUGUAGAGAAAAUUGUAUAAUUGUCUUGUACAACGGAAGCAUUGAAAUUGUAUCUUCAAAAUAAACCAAAUGGACUUGGAAUAGCAAAAGGGAAAAACUCGUAUCACCAAUCUAGUCAACUAACAUUUGAAAGUAUUCACUGUAUAUAAGGUAGAAGACCCUAAGGGCUGGGCAUGGUGGCACAUGGCUGUAAUCCUAGCACUUGGGAGGCUGAGGCAGAAGGAUCACCAUGAG